CUUCAGAACCAUCCGUUGAACGAGAUGCGAACUCGCUUCCUCAACGUCGACUACUUCAGCGUCGGACAUCCUCCUCCUCCGCCACCUUCUCCAACCCAAACCCUAGCCUUCUUGGACCUUCCGGUCCCUUGCCUCCCUUCGGCUUCCCCUCUCGCCUCAGGGCAGGACCUCCUCUGCUUCGGCUCCCUCUCCGCGAUCGAAGCCUCCCUCGAGCUCGGCAGGCUAGAGAUCGGACCCGCUCCCUUGAGGUUCCUGACCGACGUCGUUCCUCGGUUCGUCGACGCCGGAGGCGGCGAAGGUUGCGGAAAUGGAAGCAUCGAGAAAGAAGGAGAGCUAAGCCCUGAAGUGAAGGAAAGGUUGGACUGCUGUUCAACUAUUAAGACUGCAGCUACGGAAGAUGAAUUUCCCAAAAUUAGCGAAAGUUUCAUCAAUGAAAAGGGCGCACAAGGCAUUGCAGUAUUCCAGCUAGAGACACCGGAGCUGGCUAAUUGCUUGGCAUGCUGAAUAUCGUUAGAAAAUUACAGUGAAUAUGCCGGAAGUGUGAUGCCAGAGUCCUAUUUUUGUUCAUUGUCAUCCUCAGGAGAAUGCUCACUUACUUGAGGAAGAAGCAGUAGGCAUCUUCUCUGAAGUUCUUGAAAUUGAAAACAAUGAGGGUGCACCCAAGCUGGGCUUGUCAGUGAACUAUACUUUGGAGGCUCAAGAAGUGGUUACUAAAUUUGGAGACACAAGUAGACAGUAUCUCAUAGAGCCAAAGGCUGUCUUUUGGGAAGAUGAUACUUAUGUUGCAGGCCUGUCGGACUUCCCAUGUACCCAAUUUCCUCUUUUAGAAGUGGAGGAGAUUAGUUUGGAAGUUUUGAAGAGCACAUCCAUGAAAUAUGAGCUUGUAAAGCUUCUUGACAAAGUUGAACCACUAUAUCUUAGUCAAAAUGAUAAUUUUUCAUUUGACACCAAAGAAAUUUUGAACUUGCUCGAGAAGGACCUUUUGGAAUUUCAUUCACACCAUUGUCUGUCUAAGGAGUGCCUUGAAUCAGACUCGGUAAUAGGGGCCACUUUUCUGGAAAUGGAUUUUGUGAGCAUUGUGGACAGACCUUAUCUACGAGGCAACUCACCUUGUCACGAACCAUCAGACAGAUUAUAUAUCGUCAAUUA